AUGGCGGGCAGGUUUGUCGGAGGCAUAGAGAGCAUUGUGAUGGCUCUGCCGAACGGCAAGGAAGCAAAAUCCCUGGUCGAAGUUUUAGGUUUCAAGCACCUCGAAAUAGAGGUGACUUCACCUCGCAUCGCAGUUUUCAGGGAAGCUAUACUGGAGACCUUCACUGCGGAGCUUGGCGAUCGUUUCACUACGCUUGCUUACGAGGGUCUUCGGAAGAUAAUGAACUACGCCGGUGGCGGGUGCGUGUAUCUUCGUGAAACCUUUUCAGAACGGUUGCGAAUUCUGGCGACAAGCUGGAGAACUGCAACUGCUGACGGACAAACACAGGAUGAUGACUGGGACGAGGAUUUUGCGGACUCAGAGGCAAGAGGAUCUGGAACACAAACCGUGUCACGGACAAUGAAGUCGGAGGAAGAUGAGCCAAAGGUGCAAGCAGAGGCUCCUCCUGCAGAAGAACUCCAGGAGAAUCCCAACAAGAUAAGCAUGCAGGGUGUUCCAACGAGCUUUGACGACAUGUUCCGCUUCAAUGCUGCUGUCAUGGGUAUGGCAGACAGGGACUGGAUGUAUGAAGUCCUGGACUGUUUUGAUGCAAUCGUUCGGAACAUCGCGAACUCUUUCCGGCUACAGGAAGAGUGCGACGUGCUCUCCUUGCGGUUUGCAAAGCUACCAGGCCCCAUCCUCCUGGCAGAGUUCAAAGCUGUAAUGUUGGCUUCUUUGCGCUCGCUGGUGCCGCAGGAUUGGGACACAAAGCAUGAAGAGGCUUGGGACUGGCUGUGGAGCAACGUAGAAAAGAUCCUGGGUAAAGAGCUCGGCAAAGCAGUUGAGAGGGAGCGGAGAGUAUCCCGCUAUGUGGGGUCUUUGGAAGACGAGACAAAGCACGUGCUCAGCCGAAAGAUCUACACCAAGUUCUUCGCGGUGGCUCCUGAGGGCCAGAACUACUUCAAGCAGUCUUCCACACGCCUGCAGUUCAUUAUCGACCGCGUGGUCGAGAUGACGCUGUCCAUGUAUCAAUCUCCUGUUCGCAUGGUGGAUGAAAUUUCAGCUCUUGGACUGCGCCAUGUCGGAUAUGGCAUCCCAACAGAAUUCUUCAAUCCAUUUGUGCAGUGCUGCGUCGAAGUUUUGCGCGAUCUGACUGGUGAUCAGAAGCUUUGCGACGGCUUCUCGUGGUCUUUGGGGCUUAUCUCACGGAUCCUUGUCCGCACGAUCAAUGAGGGCUCGACUCUCGUGAUGAAGGCCAUCAACCUCAAUUCUGCCAAGAUGCUCAAGAAGGCAUUGACGCCAGUUCCGCGAUCAAAGCGCGCACUGUGUAUGCUCAAAGUUACCGUCGGCACCCAGUCGAUUUCGCCUUUGCUUUGGGCGAUCUCCAGCGGCAGCUUAGAGGCUGCACAUGAGAUGAUGGAAGACUUGCUGACGAUCCGCGCUGACCGUGACAGAUAUUAUUUUGGCAAUGAUGACCUGUUUGCACGGCAUCCCGACAUUGUGCAGGUUCUCACAAAAGAGGCGCCCACACUGUUGGAGGUUCUGCUUGACAAGCUGGUGUGGCGAUCACGCUUGGUUGUUGGUGGACACAGACGAGUCAAUCUUUUUCUCAAACACCUUCUAGUCGAUGAGGAGGGCAAAUUUGCUGGGGCAACGCAGUGGAUCUGCAACAUGCAAGAUCCGGUGAUUGUGACACACUGUGUGCUGGAGACUCUGACGGAUUUGGUGUGGAACAACGUGAUUUAUGGGCCGUUCUUGCGAAGCAAAGUUUGGCUUUUGUUUACGCUUUUGGUCUUCCUGAUGAGCCAGUCGAUCUUGAAGACCUGGCACGCGGAGGAUGAGGCCACACAGCAGACACUGCGCAUAGCGACUGCUGUUUGUCGGGCUUUCGUAUACUUUGCGAGCAUGCUGGAGUUGAUAUACUCCCGUACAAAAGUGACGUGCAAGUCUAUAGGAGAUGGGGACAUCAUCCGUGUAUUCCAGAUCCCUGUGCCUGCGAAGGUUGUUUCGGACUGGCAAGAAGCUUUGAGCUGGUUUUUGACGUUGAUCCUUAUUUCCAUGUUCAUGGUCGAACCGGUACUGUAUUGCCUUCAACACUCGGAGGGCGAUUUUCCGGAUGCUGGCAUGUUCACUCAAAACUGUCCCGCGGCGAAUGACGUGCGUGACGUGUACGCCUUCCUGUCGAUGCUGGCCAUGUUUUGCUACUUCACGCUUUUGGUGGACUUCAGCGCACUUUUCGUCCGCUGCUCUGCCUUCGUCAUGACGUCUGGGCAGGUUCUCCCAGAGUUAGUUCUUAUGCUGGGUGCCGUUUUCUAUUUGCUAUUGGUGUUUGGCUGCGCAACAUCUGCGGCCAGCGACAGAACUGCAGACUUCGAAAACAUCCCGCGAUCAGCGCUGAGCUUUUUCCAGAUCAGCAUCGGGAUGUAUCCGGCUGAGAACUUUCACAGCCUCAAAGAUUCCCGCUGGACAAUGGUCAUGUGCGUGGGUUUCAUUGUUUUGGUUGUCAUCUUCCUGUCCAAUGUCUUAAUAGCUCAACUCAUUGGAGCAUACUCCUCACUGUACGACAGAAUGCUCGGCCUCGCGCGGCUCAACCGGAUGUCCAUUAUUUGCGACUCCAUCGCUUCAGUCCGGCGAUCUCGCUUUGAUCGCUUCAUCGCGAAGCUGAGACUGGACGAGCGCAUGGAGUUCGGCGAAGGUGACGUGGGCCUGCCGGGCUGCAUUCAAGUUCUCGAGCCUGGCAACUUGAAUCCAACCAACCAGGACAGCAUCAGGCGCUAUGGUGGGUCGACUUCGCCGAAGAUGCCCUGGCCCGACGAAGAGGAAGAAGUAACCGGAAGCAUGGCAGAGCGGUUAGAAAACUUGACCAAGCUGUGGAAGAAAACCAUGAGGCGAGUUGAGAAGAAAAGAAAAGGAGGUCGAAGAAAUGGAGGGGAAAGCAGUGCUUCCGAAAUGGACAAAGCAAGCAGAAGCAAGUCUUCCAGCUCAGUAAACUCUGACUCCUCGCAGUGA